AUGUCAUCUAACAUGCCACCGAUCUUCUUCCCUUAUCCACCAUUUAUUUACCCGAGUCCACAAAUCUACUACGGAAGUCCUGGUCCUUCCCUCACGCCCCCAAUGUCAUAUUUGAUGGGCAAUAAUUAUCGUCCAUAUCUUCCUGGCAUGAACGCGACAAAUCACCAAAAUGCUGUCACACCGGUCUCUCCUCAAUCCUUUCCCCAGGAACCCCUCCCGCCGUCCACCGAUAACGAAGCAGAAAGUAAUUUGAAGGAAUACGAACAAUUCGGGCCCUCAAACAUCGUUGAGUGGAGUGGUCAGCGUGCCAGCGUUUCUUCCAAUUCAUCGUCAUCUAUUAUCCACUUGAGGGAUUGGAUACCCGUUGCCUUGGAACGACAUGGCGGAUGUCGUGUCGCGGGACGACAUGUUGCCUCUGGUCGUCUUGUUCACUCAGGAGUGAUCAACUUUGUCGGUGAUACUGGACACGUCGUCUCUGAUGGGAAAGAUCACUUCAAACUCAGUGGUCCUAUCUCAUGGGAAUUUUAUAAGCUUGUCUAUCCUCAACACGGGAAAACAUUGGAUUCCUCCGCCCAGGACUGCGAUUUGGACUAUGCAUUGGGAAUACGCGAGAUGUGCAAUCGAAUGGAAGAUUGUGUUCAGCUGUGCAACCGAUCCUUUUCGCAAGAAAGCGCACCGUCAACUGUAUUACCGGCGCGUAGGCCCACCUCACCUAGCCUUCAAUCUGCCAGCAGCGACGAAGCAGAGAGUGAGACGAUAGGACAUGAUUCUAAAGACAACAACAGUGACGGUGAUGAUGGCAAAUACACGCUUGAAAAGUCGCCUUUAAAAGUACCGUUACUCAACCUCAAACGCCACUUCAAUGGCAACAAAGUCGCCCAUCCGCCUUCCGCCUCGAACGCUCGCCCGACCCGUAAACCCCUCGCGGGCCAUUCCCUGUCACGUCCCUCCCCUGCACUGAACCACCGUUUACCCAAGCACAAUGACGUGGGAGUGUCGUCAGGGCAACGGGAGGAUGAACCGUUACCAGGUGUGUCCGUUCUCUGCAGUCCUGGUUCGGAGGGUGGCGAAAUUACCACGUCUUUCAAGAGCCAUUUGCAUUCUACUUCGGAGAUUGAGUCGGUCACAGCGCCGUCCCAUGCUCCCAGUCGAGCGGAUGUUGGCGUGCAAACCUCCAUGCUCUUGGAUGAGGAAUCGUCCAUCGCGUCGCGUCCCUCCUCGAAACCCGUGAUCCUACGCAAUGCCAAGUGUGGUCCGAGUCGGCCUGCCUCCCCGUCCUCGCCCAGGGAAAGGGCCAGACAAAGUCGACAUUUGACUCACCGCUCCACCACCGACCUAUCUCCGAGGCUGCGACUGCGACAGAUUUCAAUGAAGCACUCAAAAUCGCGUCAUAUAGCUCGCUGCGGCAAUAAGAACGCGUUGGACGAAAAUCGCGCUGACAGGAGUCACCGCCGCGGAGCGGCGCGAACGACCAACAGCGCGAAUAGCACGUCUUCUGACCAAUCCGACUCGUUUGUCGAUUUGACAACUGAUGCCACUGCUGUCGUUCGAUCCAGCAAAUCCAAGCCUAUCACCAAAGGAAGCACCUCUACUCCGCACGAUCGCCAUAGAAAGAAUACACCGUUAAAAUCGGCGAGCGCUUCCACCGGCACGGGAUCCGAUAAGAAGGUGAAAAGGCACAAACCAAAGUCCUCUGAUUUGAAGAAACACCAUAUAUCGAAGAGGCACCGCGAGAAAUUGCGAAAUCUGAACGAUAAGCACAUUCUCGUUACUCAAACAGGCCUCGUUGACGUGCGCACACUGAGGAGAACGCGUUAUGGUCGGUUGAGUGUGCCAACACGCGAUAAAUGGCAUCGCCAGGACAUCGUCUUCAAUGGCGCCGAUAUCAGCGUCAACCACGGCGAAUAUGGCAAGCCUUCUGAACGAAUAGGUCGUUUGCUGCGCGUCCUAAUCGCUAUGGAGGCCUUCGACGUUGACCAGUCGCCUACGGGUGCUCUUCGGUUGAACCUGGGUGGGACCCGAGCAUCAAGCGAGGCCAGCUCCAUGCACUGCCAGCUGGAUCAUGGCACAGCUCCUAGCUGA